AUGUUAAAUAUGUAUUCACAAACUGUAUACGAUUUACGAUUAUGGAAGAAUAAUAAUUUAUUUAAUGAUACUAAACAAUGUCGUAUUAUUUUACAUGAACGUGGUGGUCGACUUGGGAAUCGUUUAUUUAUGUUUGCAUCAGCUUAUGGUUUAUCACUUAGACAUUCAUGUCAAUUGUAUAUAGAUCGAAAAAUUAUCGAUGAACUUCAAAAAGCAUUCGAAGUUGAUUCACCAAUUUGCUUAUCAAAACCACAAUUAAGUACUUUUACUUCCAUUAAAAAAAUAUACAAUCAUUGUUCAUAUAUUCCUAAUCUUUUAUAUUCGAACAAAAGUUAUUCUCUGGAAUUAUCAGGAUUUUGGCAAGUACAUAAAUAUUUUAUCGAUCAUAUGGAACAAAUAAGAGAGCAACUACGUUUUAAACAAUCAAUUCUAGAUCGUGUCAAUAAUUUUCUCGACAAAAAUAUCAAUAAAAAUAUUUCAACUUCAGUAGGCAUACAUAUUCGACGAGGAGAUUUUCUACAUGCUCGACGUGUUUCAUCUGACAAAUAUAUACUCAAUGCAAUGUCUCAUUUUAUUGCCAAAUAUCAUUCAGUUAUAUUUGUUUUAGUUUCAGAUGACAAAAAAUAUUGUCGAAAGAUAUUUGGUCAGAAGAAAAAUGUUUUUGUGACACCUGAUUCAUUUAGUGUUGUUGAUGAUUUGGCUACAUUGACUCUAUGUGAACAUAUUAUUCUUACUGCAGGAACAUUUGGAUGGUGGGGAGCUUUUCUUUUACAUAAUCGAUUAGGUAAUAUAUUAACUGAUUCAAAAUCGGAUCAUACUCCUAUUGAUGCUAAUUGUCGAGCGGAUGAUUAUUUUCCACCAUGGUUUUCAUUUUUAAAUAAUACAAAUAAAAAUGAUUAA